AUGUCAACGAAGUGGUGCACCGCCCUGGCUGUGCUGGUUGGUGCCCAUGCAUUAAUCUUCGAGAAUUCCGCGGACGUACAAGUCUUCACUGCGAAUAAAUGCGCGGAGAUCGUGGACAAGGCCAACACCUCUGGCCACGUGACGGAAGAGUCCAGUGUGUCAGUUUGCCGCAAGCAUUUGCAAAGUAAGGAGAGUUGCGGCCUUCUUGGCGAGAUGCUGGCUUUGGCACAGAUGCGGGAUGAUUUCAACAGAUCCAACUUUUGCGAAACGAUGAGCUUUGCUCACGCCUGCUCUGCGGCCAUGGAAGAUUUCCUGUCCUCGGAUGCGGUGGCUGACCUUGCCUUUGGCCACUGCCUGCGAAGCCACCGGCUGAGGCAAGCAAAGACGGAUGCCACGGUGGGCAACUAUUGCCAGCGGUUUCAAGGUGUUCUCAGUGCAGCGGUGAAAGCAUCUGACACCAUUGACACGCUUCGUGAGUGCUACAUGAUGGAGCUGGAGCAGAAAUCGCACAAGUCAUCGACUGCACAAGCUGUCACAAGCAAGGUAACGAUGCCGCAGCAAGUUCCGGUUCCUCAGUCCCAGGACGGUGCCAAGACUCAAGCGGUGCAGCAGAUCCCAGCUGCGCAGCCCCAGGUGCGGCAUUUGUCCGGAGGAAUGCAAACAGUUUGUUCUAUGUGUCCGUCCGCUGCAUCGAAGCUGUAA